AUGCAAACAGCAACUACGCAAAUCAGCACUUCCCAAUUCCUUCAGAACUCACCCAAAGCUCAGUCCAUCAGUUCAGACGAUGAGCCAAGGAAGCGAAAAGCAGGAUCUUGGGACGAUCCUGGAAGUCGAAAUAAUUCCAAUCCGACCACGUCAAAUAUGAUCGUUAAGCGUCGCAGAACCGAUAUCUCAACACCUGGUGCACCUGCACUGUCGACAGCAAAUUCGCCCGUUCAGCGACAGGUUAGGAACUUUGAACGGGGUGCCUCAAUCGCUUUCAUCGGUCCUCGAGGCAAUGGAAAGUCCAGUCUUGCAGUCAUCGCAGCCACGGCCCUCCGCAGGGAGGUUGUGGAUGCCGACCACUAUUUCACUCAAGCGACUGGCAUGACUCCAUCCGCAUUUCGAAGGGCACACGGCAUAGAGGAGCAUCGACUGCGUCAGGUUGAGGUUCUGAGAGAAAUGUUGUCGCGAUAUGAAAGGGAUUGUGUCAUUGCUUGUGGACCUCAUUUCGUGGUAGGGAAAGGCAGAGAACUCUUGCAGAAUUUCAGCAGAUCGCACGCUGUCAUUUGUGUUGGUCGGGAGGAUGACAUGAUCAGAAAGUGUCUUGACCUCAAAGACCAAGAACGGUUGUUGGACGUGAUACAGGAAAUGCAUGCGAUCCAUCACCAAGUGUCUAAUUUUGAAUACUAUAACCUCGCAGAGCGAUGGGGAAGCGAGGCUCAAUCGCUCUCGGAAGAUGAACUCCACAACAUCCUGCCUGAUCGCGUGUUUCGACGAAAAUCAUUCCAGACGCUUCAAAACACCAAGAAAGAUCUGCUCUGCUUUCUAAACGCCGCACUGGGACUGAAUUCAUCUGAAGGUCUGUUCCACACCCUCCACCCUCUUGAGCCUGAAAUUCGGCCGAACACCAUGGCCUUGUCCAUACCAAUUGAUUUAAUUGAGUCACCGAGUGUGAGCUUGAAUGAUUUCGAAUGCGGCCUCGAUGCCGUAGAAAUUGUUGUGGAGCUGACUUUGCCUGGGUUGAACGCUUCAAUCAUACCGACGACGUGCGAGAGCCUAGGUCGAUCAAUGGCAGUCAUCCGACGUCGUCUUGCGGUUCCGAUUAUUUGCCAUUUCAGUCUGGACUGCAUCGAAGACACUCAAUUCACACCAGACGUCAUCAAAGAAUAUUUUGCUCUGCUUCAUCUUGGUCUACGUUUCGCACCGGAGUUUCUAACGGUCGACCUUCGGAGUCCAGAUGAGGACAUCCAGAGUUUGAUAUUAUCGAGAGGCCGCGCCAAGAUUGUAGGCAACUUCUACGAUCGGGAUGCCCAUCACGGCUUCUGGUCAGGGGCGAAGCCCGAAAACAUCUAUCGAAGAGCAACCGAGGUUGGCUGUCAUGUCAUACGUCUCUACCGAUCGACGCAAUCGAGAUCAGAUAACUUCUCUUGUCUCGCAUUCAUGUCGAGGAUGAACAGCAACCCAGGUGGGAUUCCGGUAGUUGCUUAUAAUGUGGGUACGUUGGGCAGCAUUUCGUGUGCCUUGAACGCCUCCAUGACGCCGGUAACACAUCCACUGUUACUUGCCAGCAAAACUUUGGAAAGAGCAAAGGCUGCACCGUCGACAGCACCGACUAUCACCACGCAAGAGAUUCAGCAGAUACUAUAUGCCACGCGCACUCUAAAUGCGCUCAGUUUCUAUGUAUUUGGCGCGGAUGUCGAGUACAGCCUUUCGCCAGCCGUACAUAAGGCCGGGUUCCAAGCAUGCUGGAUGCCUCACAGGUAUGAUAUUCGGCAGUGCAAAUCCUUGGAAGACGUACGUGCUCUCAUACAGGACGACUAUUUUGGUGGCGCGAGUAUCAGCAUGCCCUUCAAGCGAGAGAUCUUGUCCACAGUUGACUCUUUGAGCCCUUCAGCACGAGAAAUUGGAGCUGUCAAUACAUUGCUUCCUAUCCGUCACCAAGACAGCCAGCAAUCACUAGGGCAUCCAUUCUCGAAGUCUCAAAGGAAUCGAGCUGGCCCUCUUACAGCUUUGCAUGGCGCCAAUACCGAUUGGAUGGGCAUCUAUGCCUGUAUAUCCAGGUACAUAUCCCCGGCUAAUGCUCCAUCUCCCCGGACAACAAGCCUUGUCAUUGGAGCUGGUGGUAUUGCCCGGGCAGCAAUUUACGCCAUGGCACGGCUGGGAGUGAGCAACAUCUUCAUUCUCAAUAGAACUCUAGAAAACGCAGAGACACUGGCAAAGCAUUACAACUCCAAGAGUGAAAGCAACCAUGAUUCUCGUGGUUCGAUGGUCAGUUCAAGCGGCACAUCGACUGCUGUGAGACCUGUCAUCCACAUCCUCAAAUCCCGAGAAGACGUCUGGCCCAAGGAAUAUUCAUAUCCCAGUAUUGUUGUAUAUACUAUACCAACACGUCAGUCUGGGAAAAGUGGUCACCGCAAUCUAAGAGUACCAGAACACUGGCUUCAAAAUGACACUGGAGGCCUUCUUGUUGAUGUGUCUUACCAUGAUUUUGAGCCGGCAACGGCACAUCAAACUCAGGAAACAGAGCGCCGGGGUUGGGUGACGAUAGAUCCGAUCGAGAUCUUCUUCGAACAAGGCGCUGCCCAAUUUGAGCUUUUUACUGGUACUCCAGCGCCUCGAAGUGUGAUGUGGGACUCUUGCCUCCGGCAGUACAGCCAAGAUGUUUUGAAGCAUGUCGGUGCUAAACAAAAUGCGACAGGGUGA